AAAAGUUGAGGAAUGUAGUAGAUUCUUUGUUAAUAUGAGAAAUAAAAUGGAUGGUGCUUAUAAACGGCGCGAAUUCAGGUUUUGCCCACAUUUCAUUUGUGUGUUUAUAUCCACAAAACACCAAACUGAGAUCUUCCCAUGCUGCAACUCUUUCACCUAUCUUCCAACGCCAACUUUUUCUCUUCUCUUCUUCAUUUAGUUCAUCUCAGUUUGGAUUUGAAGAGAUUGGCAGGCAGAAGUGAGGUGAGAUGAAGAAGGCAUUUAGAUCGCAAAAGUUCCAUGGCGAUUAUAAGAGCUUGGAUGCUGCAAUUGUUAAGGCAACAAACCUUGACCAUUCAUUGCCAAAGGAAAAACACAUUCGAUAUAUUUUCCAGUCACUUUCUCCGUCAAAGCCUCGCAGCGAGGUUGCUUAUUGUAUACAUACUCUCGCGAGGCGUCUCAACCAGACGAACAAUUGGUCUGUUGUUUUGAAAACACUUAUUAUUAUACAUCGCGCGAUGAGGGAGCUUGAUAAUACAGUUUGGGUAGAGCUUGUUAAUUAUAGUACCAAACGGGGCCAUCUCAUUGAUUUAUCACACUUUCAUGAUUCCUCAAUGCCAAAUGCCUUGGAUUAUUCGGCUUGGAUACGGAACUAUGGUCUUUACCUCGGAGAGCGCCUGCAAUGUUUUCUCAUUGUGAAUCAUGAUGUCGCAACGUAUACCUCAAAAUCUUCGGAGAAACUUGACACGAAGGAAUUGAUGGAGCAAUUGCCGGCCCUACAAAAUCUUCUCUUUCGGCUGCUUGAUUCCAAGCCAGCUGGUGCAUCUGCUUUUAAUCGCUUGAUUCAGUAUGCUCUUUCCAUGGUUGCUGGUGAAAGCGUUAAAAUAUACGUUGCAAUAACGGUUAGAGUGGUGGAAUUACUUGACAAGUUUUUUGAGAUGAACCGUGAUGACGCAGUUAAUGCACUAAAGAUUUAUAGAAAAUCAGGAAGUCAGGCAGAGAGGUUAUCUGAGUUCUUUGUGACCUGCAGGGGCCUAGAUUUUGGAAGAGGACAGAAAUUCGUCAAUAUUAAACAGCCUCCUGCAUCCUUUGUAGUGACAAUGGAAGAAUAUAUCAAAGAGGCUCCCAAUACCUUAAUGCUCGAGUACGAUGUGAAUGGCGAAGAGGAAGGAGGCACUGGUAAUAAUGUAGGCGAUUUGAUGAGUCUAGACGAGUCAAAUCCGUCUCCAGAAGGGAAUGAGACUACUGCACCAACACAAGCAGCUGAUCUUAUGGGUUUGUAUGACUUACUAACUGGUGCAUCUGAAUUUGACGAAAAUCCCCUCGCAUUGGCGAUUGUUCCAACCGAAAGUUCUAUAAGUUCCAGCUGUGACGAGAGCGAAGCCAGUCCUGUAAUGGGUUGGGAGGUUGCACUCUUUACGGAGCAAGAACAAAGCUGUGACCAAAAUAUAGUUGCAGAGAAUAUAGAGGGUGAAGAACCGGGAGUGUUAAAACUUGAGGGUUUAUACGAUGAAGCAGUUGCUGCGGCGCAACAUGAUGGAGGUUACGAGAUAGGCCAAAUGAAUUCGAACCCUUUUGAUUUUCAGGCUAUUCAUGAUCCUUCCCAAUACAACAUGGCAUUGGCACCUCCAAAUGGUUUCUAUGUUGAUCACAACAUUCCAGGCCAAUUUGUAAGCAUGCAACCCUACCAAGUUUCUUAUAAUACACCUCAACAGCAACAGGAGGAGGAACCAUACCAAAUGAUUAAGAAAUCAAAGAAUCCGUUCGAUGAACCUAAUAUUUUGCCACCGCCUUCUGCUUCGAGCGUGCAUCAACAUCCAACGGAGACUACUUAAUCCGAUUAUUUCAACACAAUGAAAUACAAGCAAGCAACACAAAGCCCAAGUUUGGUGAAACUUCACAAUGGGCAUUGUCGCCGCCUCCAUAGGCAAAUCCACUGUGAAUUUUAGGAAGUAAGAAAUUGUAGAGGUGAUAACAAACACACGCUAGGAUAUGUUUGGAAGCUAGAAAUUAUAUUAAUGCAGUUUUAACAAAGCUACAAAUUGUAGCUUUGAGAAGAGAAACAGGCUAUAACUGUGUGGGUGUGGCACCAUGUGUAGUAGUACAAAUCAAACUAAACUAAUUUUGAAUUGUAAGUAUUUCAUUUAAAUGUUAAAA